CACGAACGACAAAUUUUUGUUUUGUUUUGAACGUCGGGAUCCUCGUGUUUCCUGCCGAAGGGACCUGAGUGAAGGUUUUACUAGGAUAUAUUCUUCUGUUUGGUUUGAUAUUUUAUUGAGGUAUUAAAUUGUAAAAAUGAAGGAGACACCUCUGAGCUCAUGCGAGCGUAAUUCAGUAAUAACAGCUAUCCAGAAAGGUCUAAGGCAUGAUAACAGAGAAUUUCUGGAAGUGCGUGAUAUAGAUAUCAGUUUCGGCAAAGAUUUUGGAUCCUGCACAGUAACACUAGGACUAACACGAGUUUUAGCACAGGUAACAUGUGAAGUAGUUGAACCCAGACCGUCAAGGCCAAGUGAAGGCAAAAUUUCGAUUUCUGUCCAUUUGUCACCCAUGGCAGCACCACACUUUGAACAAGGAAGAGGAAACGAUCUGGUUGAAGAGCUGCAGCAAAUCUUAGAUCGUAAUAUCAAGGAGUCUCGUUGCCUUGACCUUGAGUCAUUGUGCAUCUUGGCAGAGGAGAGUGUUUGGCAGCUGAGGGUUGAUGUCACUGUAAGCAUGUUUUUACUCUUCUGUUUUGGGUCAAUUUGUAAUGCUUUUAGGAUAUUCAUGUUCAUGGAAUAUAUUUAGGUUAGUUUAUAUAUA